GUUUGCCUAUUAUUCUCGAGAUCGGGUGGAUAAAUAAUCGAUAUUGAAAGCAAUUCCAAUCAUAUCAAUCAAUAGUUUUACCCGAAAUAACCACAUGAAAUGAACAUGGUGAAUCUGACAUCAUUCUGUUUUAAGAGUCAAUCUGACAUGAGUGAAUGAGUUGCUUUAAGUGUGACAUCCUUGAAUUUCCCUGUUUCUACUUAUUUGUUCACUGCCACCAACAACACGCAUCUACCUACAUUGUUUUAUUUCAUCCACUCAUUGUUUUAAUAUAAAUUGUUUCUCUCUUUAAUAUGUUAUCCUUUUUGUUUACCUGAUCUUAAUUUUUUUACUGUUUCUUUAGACAUCAAGUGAUACUUAAAGAUACCUUGAAUUAAAAGUUGUUUACAUCAGAAUAAAAAAUGUCAUCAAUAAGUGAAAUUUAUACAGAUCAACCUCAGAGGCGAUUUCAACGUGAUCGUGUUAUGCUUCAGCUUCCAAAUGAUUUCCUUCGAUUGGAUAGUGAUUUACGCGAGCCCGAGAGGCAUAUUAAUCUUGACCAGGAGGCAGCUCUUGCCUUACAACAUCAAUAUACCAACUAUAACGGUUUUACCGACAACAUUAAGGGUAAACUUGUGAUUACUGUGGUUGAAGCUAAAUUGGUUAAAAAUUAUGGCGUUACUCGGAUGGAUCCUUAUGUGCGUUUAAGAUUAGGCCAUCAAAUCUAUGAAACUAGAACCUGUUAUAAUGGAGCAAAAAAUCCAAGAUGGAACCGUAUUUUUCAUUGUUCCCUACCAAAUGGUGUUGAUACCAUUCACAUUGAGUUGUAUGAUGAAUGUGCAUUCACAAUGGAUGAAAAAAUAGCAUGGGCUGAAUAUAAAAUUCCAAGUCAGAUAUUUACUGGAGAAACAGUUGAACAUUGGAUUCCAUUAGAUGGCAAACAAGGUGAAAGUAGAGAAGGAACAAUUUGCUUGAUUCUUUCAUUUGCACCAAUUUCCAGAUUGAUUGGCCAACAACCGCGAAUAGCUUAUGUAAAUUAUAAUCAGCAGCCACAGAUGGUCAUUCCAGUUAAUCAGCAAAUAGUCCAACAGCAACAACAGCCAGUUCAAGUUACCAUCACAGAAGAAGAAGUUGACCAAAUUCAAGAAAUGUUUCCAAAUGUUGACCGCGAAGUUAUUAGAAGCAUUUUGGAAGAUCAAAAUGGGAACAAGGAAAGAACAAUUAAUGCAUUGAUUCUGGUUAACAGUGAUUAAUUUGUUUGGAAUAUUUCUAUUUUUCAAAAUAAUAUUCUUUUGUCUUUUCGACAAACUCUCUUUACCUCUUUUACCUCUUCUCUCGUGCCAUUUACAUUUUACCAUGAAAACGUGAAAACAGAUUUUAGCGAAGAUUUCCAGUUAUCUGUGAGUUCCCAUAAUUUGCAUAAGUUGAUUUGAUUGGUAAUGGACCAAGAUUGUCACCAAGCGAUUCACCAAAAUUUUGAAUAUCCACAUAAUCGGACACAGUCAUCAUAUCAGCUCAUUUUAUUGCCAUGGAAUGCCAGGUUUUCACAAACAUUUCAACUCUAAACAGCUGCCAGUUGAAUCGGCUUCAAUAUCCAUGGAUUAUUUGAUAUUAGUGUUUUAAAUCAUCUGCAGUUAAAUACAGUCAAAUCUCCAAUAAUGUCCUGUAGUAAUGGUGACCGAGUAAGCAUUGAUUACAAUUUUAUUCAGUUAAAUACUUGGAUUUUAAGUUGCGUUUUGACAUUAUAUCAGAAUUGUUUCCUUUAAUACUCACAAUCACAAAAUUAGGAUUACAUUUGAUAAUUAUUAAAGGCUAUUUUCCCUGAAUAUUAAGUGAAAAUAUUAAGGAUGUUAAUCCCACGACGAGACAUUGUGAGAGGUUUGAGUCAAACCGUCUGACUGUAUAUCUUUUGAUUGUGACGCUUUUAUUUCGAGAAUAUCCAAAGUGUCUUGAGAUGUUCAUUGUACCGAUUAUCACUGAAUCAAUCUCAAUUAAAAUUUCCAACCGUUGUUUUCUGUAA